GGCCUCGCCUCGCCUGCACAGACACAAGAAGAGAGAAGGGAAUACAUCUCCAACUUAAGAGAGCUGCUAUACAGACCUCACCAUGCGGUUCAACACGCUCAUCUUGCUGAGUCUGACUUGUGUUUGCCUUGCACUCGCUCAAACGACCUAUGACGACUGCUGUUUGAAGUACGUGAAAAAGUUGGGCAGGAGCACUCAAAGACAUGCAGUGGCCUACAGAUUGCAGGUACCAGAUGGAGGCUGCAACAUCCCUGCUGUUAUCUUCACCAUGAAGAGGGGGCGUGAGUUUUGUGCAAACCCCAGAGAGAAAUGGGUCACAGAUCUGAGAAAGAAGAUUGACAGACACCCAAGGGGUCACAAGAAACCCAUGAAGCCGUACAGAGGCUGAGGGCGUCUGCCAGCUGAAAUGGCCCAGAGUCAUCCCACCUUCAUCUGCCAAAUCUUAUCAUUAAGCAACACACGGUUUUAUGAUGUCUUUCUGGAAUCUAGUCGAUGAGGCUGGCCAAGGAAAUCUUCAAGCAUUACUUUUGCUUUCACUCUGCACUAAGAUAAAGGUCAACGCUUGGGUAGAAUCGCAGCAGCACCUUGUUGUUUGAGGAUGAACUGCUGCCGACGGGCCGCGACAUAUAAACGCCUUCAGUAGCAUGGCUGCUCCAAUGAGAAUACUUUUGUGACCGUUUUCUUGCCUUUUAAUACAUGAGGAAUUCAAUAAGCUGCUUAAUAAAUGGUGAUCAUUGUAAAUGAUAAUAAUACAUGUGUCACGAUCUGUCUGUGUUGUGUUUUGUCUUUUUCUGUCUUUGGUUUCCUGUUUUAUUUUGAAAAGUGUUCACCUCCUGUUUUGCCUGUUGGUUUCUGUCUGUUUUCCCUCCUGCCUGAUUACCCGAUUGUGUUCACCUGGUGCCCCUGUGCUUUCUCCUCCCUCCUCACCUGUCUCUUGUUUGUUUGAUUAGUCCUGUGUGCAUUUAGGUUCUGUGUUUUCUGUUAGUCUUUGUGAGUUCCUUGUUGUUGUUGGACUGUGUUCACAGGGAAGAGUUCUGUUUGUUUCUUUUUAGCCUUGAAAUAAAGGUGCUUUUUCUGAGAAGUCUGAGUUUGUCUCCUGCCUGCUUCGCUCAUCCCUGAUAACAUGUGCUAUUUAGAGUACUUCUUGCAUGAGAUGGCCAUCAAUAAUCGUUUAUAUACAAACACUAAUCAUUAAAUGUAAAUACAUUUGGGAAAUCUGUCUCAUAGAAAAGGAAAAACUCUUGUCUUUUCUGAAAUGUUAAACUGUCUGUCUGUUCAUACAUUUUUUGUAUAUGUAUUUGUUCCUAUAUAAGCAUUAUUUCAAUAAAUGUUGCUUAUCAACCCUA